GCGCAUGUGCGAAAUUUAGAGAGGGACGCUUGAGAAACUGCAGACGAUACCAAUGCUUAUAAUUAACAGCUUUCAAUAAAGGUUAGUAUUGAAGUUAAUGGCAAACGGAUCCAAACAGGUACACGGACAGAAAGAAAACCAUGUCAACUCAGCCUCUCAUCAGAUCAAAGCAGACAGAGAAAUCAAUCAAUGGAAUAUCCACACAGGUUGUUUGCACAGAAUUCAGUAACUACAUAUUUAUAGUUCUCACACAGUAUGGAAAGAUUGGCACUUUAGUAUCAGUCACACCUGACUCCAGAUCAGGUGAUAUCAGCACUCCCAUGUUCACCACCAAAGUAUUGCUGGGAAAAGAAGAGGCUUUGACACACGUCUGUGCCAAAAACUUGGCAACAUUUGUGUCACAAGAGGCAGGCAACAGGCCUGUUCUACUGGGGUUGGCACUGAAGGACAGUUCCAUAGAAGCAAUAAAGGCCAUGAAAGAUGUAAUCAAAAGUUGUCAAGUCUGGUAACUACUGGUACAGGGAAGGAGCAACAGAAUAGCCUACCUGGAAAGACAAUUUCGGAAAAGGCUUCAUACACUGAACACGUUUUUUCCUCAAUGUUUUUGCAUCCUUUAAAAACGUAUUUUGUUAUCUGUUGUUACGUCUAAGCUUGAUGUGGAAAUAAAUACCAUAUAAAUGGGAAGUUUAUGCAUUAUAAA